AUGGCCGCUGCAGACUAUUACACUUCAAACACGAGGCCAGCUUAUCAACAACAGAAUUCUGGCCUCCAACCUCCUCUAGGCCCUCAGCGGGCCUCAUCACAACCAACCUUCUCAUUUCAGCCACCUCCGCAGACUGGGACGCCACCUCAUCCACAAUAUCCUCAACCGCAACAUCCACCACCACCAUAUCAACAAAUCUACAGUAACAACGAACCGGAGCCAAGGGUGCAUUUUGCACCAACGCCAUCUCCUCUAGGUCAACAGCGGCCUUCUCCACCACAUCAGUCACGGCCUGAGCCAUAUGCCAUGAAUCAACCAAACUACCAGGCUUCGCCGGCUCAUCAGCUUGCCCCAUAUCAGCAACAAUAUAUUCCACAGAACUAUAAAGACCAGUAUCAGCUUCAGCCUCAGCCUCAGCCUCAGCCUCAGCCUCAGCAUCGACCUUACAUCCCACCAAGGCAUGCAAUAGGGGAAUUGGUAGGGCAAAACGGCUACGUCUCAGAUCCAGAACGACACCGACGAAAACACAGGGAGCGCUCCCGUCGCACAUCCGACAACUCGCGAUCUACCAAGGCCGAUGCGUUCCUAGGCGCAGCUGGCGGAGGCCUAUUAGGCGAUCUCAUCUUUCCAGGCCUUGGGACAGUCGGUGGGGCAUUGGUCGGAUGGGUUGGUGGCAAGGAUUAUGGUAAGCAUAGGAAGUGGCGAGAAGACAAGCGAGACCGAGACCAGGACCGAUGGGAAAGGAAGUAUGGCAGUGAUCGGUCUCGAAGUCACAGUCAGGACCGACGGAGAAGCAGCCAUGAGCGGUCAGAGCGCGAGCGCAGACACAGCCAUGACCACAGGAGGAAUUACGACUAA